UGAGGGUCCCAGCACUCACACAGGUAUUCAGGCAGACGGGUAACAUGGCGAUGUGACAGAUUCACAGCAGAGGAGACCACCUGCAUCUACCUGUGUGUCUCCCUGCCUCCCUCCUAUGGAGCAGCUGGUGAAACACCUGUCCAGGUGUCAGCACCUGGGGUGGAUGAACGUGAUUGAACUGAAGAGCGCCUCCAUUCAUUGGCUGUCCUGUGGCCGGAGGGCGGAGCCUGACAUCUGGAGUAAAAUGUUCUGUAUUCUAUCAGAAUCACGCUUACUAAUGCUGGACGACCUGGAGGUUCAUCCUCUGCUCCUCACAGAGAGGGCGGAGACUUGCACUGUGUGGUUGCUUAGAUACACGCUCCAUGUGACCUCGGCACCUUCUCGCCCCGCCCACAAAGAGAUGGGGGUGCGCAGACAGAGCAUGCCCAGUGCCUCCACUACCGACACACCCACCGCCAGAGUGACGGGUUUUCUGUCUCGCAGGUUGAAGCAGUCGCUGCGUCGGACUCGAUCUCAGCCCAAACUGUCUCGUCACAGCAGCUUACAGACCGGGCAGAUCAAUGCAGCUGACACUAGGUGUGUGAUGCGUCGGCUGCGUUGCGGUAGCCAGGAGUCGUUGCUAAGCACUGGCUGUGUAUCGUCUCUCGAGCUCAGGAUGGACCAAUCAGUGAUUAUUAAGCCGGUUCACUCAUCCCUGCUGGGACAGGACUACUGCUUCGAGGUAACAACCUCGACGGGAACAAAGUGUUUCUCGUGUCGCUCAGCAGCAGAAAGAGACAAAUGGAUGGAGAACCUGCGACGUGCUGUUCACCCCAACAAGGACAACAGCCGGCGGCUGGAGAACGUGCUGACGGUGUGGGUGGUGGAGGCCAAAGACCUGCCCGCCAAGAAACGGUACUUCUGCGAGCUGUGUCUGGACGAUAGCCUCUACGCUCGGACGUCCUGUAAGCUGAAAACUGACAACAUCUUCUGGGGCGAGCGCUUCGAUUUCAGCAGCCUCCCACCUGUCGCCUCCAUCACGCUGCACCUGUACAAGGACACCGACCGGAAGAGGAAGAAGGACAAAAGCAGCUACGUCGGGUUAGUCAACAUCCCGGUCGCCACGGUGACUGGCAGACAGCUGGUGGAGAAGUGGUACACACUGAGCACGCCCAGUACAAUCCGAGGUAAGUCGUCUGUGCCAACAGUGAGGGUCAAAGCACGUUACCAGAGUAUCGUCAUCCUGCCGAUGGAGCAGUACAAAGAGUUUGCGGAGUACAUCAGUUCCAACUACCUGCUGCUCUGCUCCACCUUGGAGGCCUCAAUCAGCCUGAGAGCGAAGGAGGAGCUCGCUGCUGCACUCGUGCACAUCCUGCACAGCACGGGCAAGGCCAAGGACUUCCUGACCGACCUGAUGAUGUCAGAGGUGGACCGUUGCCGUGACAACGACCAGCUGAUCUUUAGAGAGAACACAUUGGCGACCAAAAGCAUUGAGGAAUACCUGAAGCUGAUUGGACAGAAAUACCUACAGGAUGCACUUGGUGAGUUCAUCAAAGCUCUGUACGAGUCUGAUGAGAACUGUGAGGUGGACCCGUCUCGCUGUGCGACCUCUGACCUCGCGGAGCAUCAGGCCAACCUGAGGAUGUGCUGCGAGCUGGCAUUUUGCAAAAUUCUUGACUCAUACAGGGUCUUCCCCCGGGAGCUGAAGGAGGUGUUUGGGUCAUGGCGGCAGGAAUGCGGCAACCGAGGACGGCCAGACAUCAGCGAGCGCCUCAUCAGCGCCUCGCUGUUCUUGCGCUUCCUGUGUCCGGCCGUGAUGUCGCCAUCACUAUUCGACCUGAUGCAGGAAUACCCUGAUGAACGCACAGCGAGAACCCUGACGCUGAUCGCCAAAGUGAUUCAGAACCUUGCCAACUUCAGCAAGUUCGGCACUAAGGAGGAGUACAUGCUGUUCAUGAAUGACUUUGUGGAGCGGCAGUGGAGCAGCAUGCAGCGCUUCCUGCAGGAGAUCUCGAACCCCGACGGGCUGAACCACACCGCCGGCUUUGACGGGUACAUCGACCUCGGCCGUGAGCUGUCCAGCCUGCACACCCUGCUGACUGAGCUCGACCAGUCGUGCCUGUCGAAGCUCGGCCCUCUUCCUCGAAUCCUCAGAGACGUAUCGGCAGCGCUUGCCAAUCCAGGGGGUGUGGCCAGUGCAGGGGGCGUAUCUGUUUCUUCCCCAGAGCCUCAACGUGUAGUGUCUCCGCCCCCUCUCUCCCCAGCCCCCCUGUCUCCGCCCCUUUCUCCACCUCUGGCGACCUGUAAUCCCUCUGUUGGCCUGCAGGGCAGCAUGGGACUUGAUGGAGGAUUGGUGGAUUUCACCAGACUCCCCUCGCCGACUCCUGAGAACAAAGACUUGUUUUUCGUCACUAAAGGGUCGAGCCUACAGCCUGCAUCAGGCAUGCAGGGUUCUCCAGCACCAAGCUCAUCCUACUCAGAGUCCAAUGAGAAUGAGGCAGCGUUUGAAAUGACCAAUGGAGGUCGGAGAGAGGGGUCCGAGCUGAACAACGAGAGCCGCAGCUUGUCUCUGGUGGACCUGCAUGACACCUCCCCUGGCGACGGCCUCGACGAUGGUCAGUGGCAGCGCAGGACGGGGCUCCUCCCCCUCUCCUUCCAGAAUCCCGUCUAUCACAUGACCACCACAUCACCGCGGCAGCCACAGCAGCAGCAGCAGGCCGACGCCACACCCUCAGACGGCUCGGUGGGGUCGCAGGGAAAUGCAGACGACAGGAACACCAUGGUGACCAAACCGGCGUUUCUUACCCAGAUGUCAGUGGGACUGACAGGGGGGGAGAGGGGGGAGAGGAUGUCUGCUAUGUCGAGCAGCAGCAGUGGCGAGGAGUACUCGCGGCGAGCGCUGUCCCUCAGCGAGACACUCACAGGUAGCUCCGUCCCACCUCGGCAGAACUCCUCGGGCCCCCAGAGACGAAUUGAUCAGCCUCCUCCUCCGUCCUCAGCUCCACCCGGACCUCCUCGAGGCCGGACGCCUCCCAGCAUGCUCAGCGGCGGCAGUGGUGCAGGAUCCGCCUACCCCCCACGUCCCACCUCUGGCAGCAUGAUGUCAUCGAGCCCUGAUUGGCCAACCAGCAGCCAGUCGCGGCUCAGACAGAUGUCGUCAUCGUCCAAAGGAGAUAGCCCUGAGAAGCAGCGGCCAGCUGCCAAGGCUCCGUCUCCCUGCGCGUUAGACCGUACGGCAGCCUGGCUGCUCAACAUGAACUCCACCUCCUCCUAUGGUGAGGCUGAGGAUGAUCGCCAUGAUGACAGCCUCGUGGAGAAGUACCAGCAGGAGAUUGCGUUGCUGCAGGAGAAGUUGCGCAUUGCUGCACUGCGUCAGGAGGAGUGUGAAGCACGUCUGAUGGUCCAGGAUCAGCAGAAUCAGCGCAUGCUGCAGGAGUACCAGGCUCGUUUGGAGGACACAGAGAGUCGGCUAAGGAGACUGCAGGACGACAAAGACCUGCAGAUGAACAGCAUCAUCAGCAGGUUGAUGGCGGUGGAGGAAGAGUUAAAGAAGGAUCACUCUGACAUGCAGGCUGUGGUUGACUCGAAGCAGAAGAUUAUAGAGGCACAGGAGAAGAGGAUUGCGAGUCUUGACGCAGCGAACACUCGUCUGAUGGCGGCUCUAACUCAGCUGAAGGAGCGUUAUGCCGUGACAUCACAGAGGAACGGCCUGUCUCCGAGCAACACGUCAUCGCUGCAGAUCACCGAGAACGGAGAGUUCCGCAACUCUGGCAACUGCUGAGCUCUAACUGGCUGUACUGCAAGGAGAGGGAGGUGCUUAGCCUUACGAGGCCCAUAGAGGCGGGGCUAACCCAUAGACUUUUACAGAUGAACCUCUGACCUUAAUCCAACUCAUUUCCUGUUUUGCACGUUUUCUCUUUGAACUAGUUAGAGUAUGACAUCAUAUCCCGUUUACGUUUUGGUACUUCCUGUUACAAAUCAGAAAAACGGUCCCGAAACCAAAAUGGACAUUUUAUGACAAGACAUGAAGCAACCCCACCUGUACGUGGCUCCAGGCUGGAGGAACAUAUUAAUUGUUUUAGACGCUUUGACUUUCGAUUGUAUUUUAAAGGAACAGUCCGACCUUUGUGUCCGAGCUGCCUCACGGAAACUUCCUCAUCCCGGUUAGCCUAGCUUAGCACAAAGACUAGAAGCAGCACCACAACUCCAAGUGAUUGUGUUGGCCCCUCAGGGCUUCCGUAGCUUUGAAUAUUUUGGUCACAUGGGCGAGGUGUGGGAGAGUUAGAGAUGCUAGUUUGUUGUUUCAGAGAAUUCUGAUUUUAAUGUAAACACCAGAUUUUAUUGUAAAGCGGUCCAAACUUUAAAUUGUGAUGAAUAGUUUGUGAACACGUGCACACUCAGACUCUCUCAGACUGUCUCUGCUGUGCUCACUGUGGCUUCUGUCUCCGUGUUUAUGUUUCCUCUUAUUGUUAUUUAUCCACGUUGGUACUUAUAGAGACGCUCCAAUAAACUAAUACACCGUC